CGAGGAGUCAAAGGACGUGAUACGUGACGUAUCUCCUCCUCCAGCGCUACACGCCCAGCUCAGGAAAGCGCCUUUUUAACGUCCUGGGAUCGAUUAAGAUAUGUCAUCUUUAAGAGGAAAAUCAGAUAAGGAGAUCAGUCAGCUGCUGGAUGAAUAUGGCAUUAAACAUGGACCCAUAGUAGAAUCCACACGGAAGCUCUAUGAAAAGAAACUGAUUGAAGCCAUGACCAAAAAAGCUAAGCCUUCCCCGUCUGACAAGACAUACUACCGAGAAGAACAGGAGGAAGUGGAAUAUAUUACCUAUCAGCCCCCACAACUGAGCAUGUACGAUGGAUCUGGUGAUGUCACAAGGAGGUCAAAGGUCACCGGUGGCAAUUUUACCCACGACAUACGGAGGUCAAAGCUGACUGAUUACAGAGAUGAAGACAUAGGCUAUAACAAUGAGCCCAUGAUCAGCCCAGCUCGCUCGUCCUAUCAGAGCUCUUCUCGGCCCGGCCCGUCAGUCUCCACAUCCAUGCAGCGUGGUCCGUCCAGUCCAGAGAGCAGCAGAUCUGGAGGGGUGCCGGGCUGGCUUCGUGUCCUGGUGUUUCUUAUCAUUGCUGUGUUUCUUUAUUACGUGUACACGUGUAUGGAGCCUGCAGAGGAGACCCCCUUUAAAAGCAUUCAGUAGAGGAACAGUGAGAUGUUUUAAAUAUGUUCAUCAGCACCAAAACUAAACUGAUUCAGUACAA